AUGUCGCGGAACAACGGAAAUCCGGACGGCGAUCAAGCUGGAUUCUCGGGAGGAGGAGAAGAAGACGUGUCAGCAGUCUCGAUGUCGGAAGUUAUGCGUCAGAUGGCAAUCCAGAACAACCGUCUGAUGGCCCUACUGGAACAAGGGAGGGACACGGAGGGACACAACCGACAGGACGGCAGAAACCUGGACGACCCGGCGAAGGUGCGGCUAUUACUCCGUAGCCUCAGCGUUUCCGUUCACGAGAAAUUUUUGAAUUAUCUCCUGCCGAGCCACCCACGCGAUUAUACGUUCGAUCAAGUUGUGGAGAAGUUGAAGACAAUUUUCGGACAGCAGAAGUCUAUUUUCAGCAAGCGCUACGAUUGCCUCCAGCUAUCCAAGAAUGAAGCGGAUGAUUUCGUCACCUAUGCUGGUAUCGCGAACCGGCAUUGCGAAGAAUUCGAACUACAGAAACUGUCAGUCAACCAAUUCAAGAGCCUUGUUUUCAUCUGCGGACUGAAAUCUGCAAAGGACACGGACGUGAGGACCCGACUUCUAUCAAAGCUCGAGUCUGAUUCAGCCGAUACCAACAUCGAAGGAUUAGUGACCGAAUGCCAACGUCUGUCAAACUUGAAGCAUGAUACGGCGUUGGUCGAGAAGAAGCAUUCAUCUUCAGCGGUUCAAGCGGUUCGUCAGUUCAAGCAAGGCCAGAAGCUGUCAAAAGCCACAAUGCAAGACGGUAACGGUAAGCUUCCUCCAUUCCCGUGCUGGCAGUGUGGAGCCAUGCACUUUGUGAAAGAUUGCCAGUUCUCAAAACAUAUGUGCAAGCAGUGUGGAAGAAUGGGCCAUAAGGAAGGGUACUGCAACUGUUCAUCGAAAGCUUCAGCAUCAACAUCCACUGUCGACAAGAAGAUCAGCAAGACAAGACAAUCCAAUCUGUGA